AUGAACAAUUCGGUGCUUCACAGUCACAACACUCCAACUUACUCUUCCUCUUCUUCUUCUCGUAAUCGUAGCCAAAGGGAUGUCCAUUACAGCUGUGGUUCUUGCGGUUAUGACCUUAACCUAUCCUCGUCCAACAGAAACACAUCCUCAAUAGAUUCGAAAUACGGAAAAUCAAUUAAACGAGGUAUGAUAUCAUUCUUCAACAUUGAUGAUACCAGGUUUACACAGGCUGAUGAGGUUCAAUGUGCUCCUCAUUUUUCUAAGAACUUGUUGUGGGGUUUGUUUCGUCGAAGAACGAAGCUUCGUUGUCGAAAGUGUUGCAACCAUAUUGGUUAUGCUUCACAAUCAUCGUCAUCACCGUCUUUUAUUCUAGUAUCAUCAAAUGGAACAGAACCAUCUCCUUCCACUGAAACACCGAGUCAAGUGAAGUACGAAAUUCGUAUCCGUGCCUUGCAGCCUUCAUCUUCCCUAGAUUAUGGAAAUGGAAUCUCUGUCUUAGCUUGAAAAAUUGCAUAUAUAA